CUGACGAUAGGCAACAUCUUCUUCUCCGACGAUCCUGAAAUGAUGCUUCUGACCGACGAGCUUUUUAGCGAUGAGGCUGAUGUAGGGGAGCUACUUCAAACUGUCACCUUGAGCCGAUAUCUUAAUUUACGGGCUCCACCGGUAUAUCGUGAUGAAUUCGACCUGGCAAGACUGUUUGAGAUGCGAUCAAUUGACUUCAAGCAAUCUACUCGGACUACCAAAGCUGGUUUUGUCUGGCUUUUAAACCGAAUUUAUCUCCACCCAGUCUUCCACAACAACAGCUUCCGUCCUCAGCUUCCGGUUCCACACCAGCUUGCAAUUGCCCUCGAAAGACUAGGAUCAAAUGGCAAUGGAGCGUCAGUUGGCCGAUGUGCACGAAAUCUGAAUGUGGCCCGCGGAACUGUCAUCAAAGUUACUCGGCGAGUCAUCGAAGCGAUCACCUCCCUUGGGCCCCAUUUCAUGACUGGCUGGCCUGGAUCGUGUGGUGAUAGUAUGGUGUACAAAAGGAUGGCACUUCAUACUAAUGCAUCACAAUUUUUUGACUCUGGCCAAUACUUGAUUGGAGAUGCGGCAUACAGUCUCACCAUGACCACCAUUCCCCCCUAUAAGGUCCCAGCAGCCAACUUACCUGAAAACGUGGAAUUCAACUAUUGCCUUGCGAAGUCUCGAGUGCGAAAUGAACACGCCAUUGGUGUCUUGAAAGCUCGGUGGUCUUCCUUGAAAGAAAUGCGAUUGCAUCUAUAUCGGCCCACAGACAUGCAGGCAUACAUCCAUUGGAUCUAUGCCUGCAUUAUACUACACAACAUGCUUGCUUCCCUGGAUGACACAUGGCGCGACCUAACGAGCUCGGAUGCACAUGAGCAAGAGACAAUUGAAGAGGAAUCUGAAGAAAGUAGUGGCGAGGAGGAUAUACCAACUGUUGCUAGUGAACGAUUUCGUGCGAAAAUCAAAAAGAAGUGCCUCAAACAUCACCAUGACCUCGGUACAUUGCCUAUCUAA